CCCUCCGCCGGGAGCAGUUUGGGUUUGGCCCUUUGGCAGGGCUGGUGACAGCGCUCUGCCAAACCUGCCAAACCUGUGCUGGCAGGAGGAAAUCAAGGGUGGCCAACCUGUUUUGGGGCUGGGGUGCCCAUCAGACCAAGGCAAUGCCCCGGGUGGUUGCUCUCCUGCAAUUCGGGCUUUCCCAGGGGAGCGUAGGGGGUGUUAGGGCAAAAUAAUGUGGUAUUUGGGAUGCUUUCCUCAGUUAUCUCCGGCUGCUCAGGAAAGGGCACAGCCUUAGAUAGCGGAGCUGGGCUCUCCGUGCAUCAAAGAGGCUUGGCGUUUUUCAGUUGCGUGGGUGCCGACGCCAACGUCACCGCCGGCCACGGCACGGAGGGGCUCACCUGCGGCGCGGCCGAGAACUGCACGGGGAACGUGACGCAGCUGAGGCGACAGGGUCACUUCUCCAGGUGCCCGGAGGAGUACAAGCACUACUGCGUCAAAGGGAGAUGCCGCUUCCUCGUGGCCGAGAAGGCUCCGGCUUGCGUGUGCGAACGAGGCUACACGGGGGCUCGCUGCGAGAGGGUGGACAUCUUCUACCUGCGAGGCGACCGGGGCCAGAUCGUGAUCAUCUCCUUGAUCGCCGCCAUCGUCAGCCUCAUCAUCCUCAUCGUUUGUGCCUGCCUCUGCAGUCACCACUGUCGGAAGCAGCGUAGGAAGAGAAAGGCAGAAGAGAUGGAGACGUUAAACAAGAAUUCGCCUUCCAAAAGCGAGGACGUGCUGGAGACGGGCAUCGCGUGAAGGAGCUCCAGGUACCUGCAGGCGGGUCCCGGACGGCGGCACCGGCUGGCUCGAUGGGCGAGGGCUAAAACUUACGACGGCUUAAAUAAAGGGGUGACGGAAAGGUG